UCUCCAAAAAAGAAGGAUGGCGGAGCUCUCAAAAUCAAAAAAGCCUUUUCCUCCCCACUAUUCAUUUGCACAGCGCAGUGCUUAUUUUCUCAUUUUUGCAUAUAUUUUCGUCGUAUAGUCGAGUAGGGUUUUGCAGACGAUUCGUCGGAAAGGAGUUCCCCUAAAUCGCCUCUUUCAGUGCGAAGAGUUAUUUUUUUACUGACUCGGUUAUUAUCUUCUCCGACUGGUUGUUGUUAUUGUUGCAGUUGUUGCAGAGUUGGAGGUGGUGAUACACCCAGACUAUCUCAUAUCUGGCUGCAGAUUACUUGUUUGAAGAAACAAUGGAUUGCAGUUCUGAAGAAAAUUCAGAUAUAGGUGAGUCUGAGAUAGAGGAGCAUGAAGAUAAAUCUUACAAAAAACUGAAGAAUGGAAAUUACCAAGUAAAGACCUCAGGAGAGAGUUUUAGAUGUCCUUUCUGCCCGGGGAAGAGGAAACGGGAUUAUCUCUAUAUGGAGAUUUUGCAACAUGCUGCUGGUUUGGGUACAGGUUCACACAAUAGGAGUGUCAAACAGAAGGCAAAUCAUUUGGCAUUGRAGAAAUAUUUGAAAACAGAAAUAGCUCCAGUAGGAGGUCCAUCAGAACGUGCAGCAGAGACUAAGCCUCCAACUGGACAUAACCAUGACGAGAAAUUUGUUUGGCCUUGGACAGGUAUUGUUGUUAACCUUCCAAUUGAAUGGAAAGAUGGAAGGUAUGUAGGAGAAAGUGGCUCCAGGCUUAGAGAUCAGUUAGCAAGGAGAGGGUUUAGCCCUGUUAGGGUCCAAUCUUUAUGGAAUCAUCGUGGUCAUUCAGGAACUGCCCUAGUAGAGUUCAAUAAAAACUGGCCUGGAUUUAAUGAUGCAAUGUCAUUUGAGAAAGCUUUCCAAGCUGAUCAUCAUGGGAAGAAAGAUUGGUAUGCAAGAGAACGCAGAGGAUCCAAUAUCUAUGCAUGGGUUGCCCGGGAUGAUGACUACAAAUCAACUGGUAUUAUAGGAGAACAUCUUCAAAAAAUAGGAGAUCUGAAAACCAUUUCUGAGAUUGUGGCAGAAGAAACAAGGAAGACAGACAAACUUGUUUCAAACCUGACCAACACGAUUGAAAUCAAGAAUAGACACUUAAAGGAAAUGGAAUGCAAGUUCAGUGAAACAUCCAUUUCUCUGAGCAUUUUGAUGGAUGAGAAAGACAAGCUUCAGCAAUCAUUUAACAAAGAGAUACAAAUGAUGCACCAGAGGACACAAGACCAUUUGCAUAAGAUUUAUAUGGAGCAUCAAAAGCUCAGGUCAGAUCUGGAAUCUCAAAGGAAAGAACUUGAACUACGUGGCAAAGAGUUGGAGAAGCGGGAGGCUCAAAAUGAAAGUGAGAGAAGAAAACUUUUUGAUGAAAGGAAAGAGAAUGCGAAAAAAAAUAUUUCGCUUGAAAUGGCAACUUUGGAGCAAAAGAAAGCUAACGAAAAUGUAUUGAGGCUCGUGGAAGACCAGAAGAGACAAAAAGAAGAUCUUCACAAAAGAAUAAUUCAACUAGAAAAGCAACUUGAUGCAAAACAAGCACUGGAAUUGGAAAUCGAGCGGUUGAGAGGGUCACUAAAUGUGAUGAAGCACAUUGAGGGGCGCAUGGGUGGGGAAGAAGAUAAGAAGGUUACAGAAAAAAUGGAGGAAAUGAUGAAUGAAUUGAAAGAGAAGGAAGAUGAACUAGAAGGUCUAGAAGCRUUAAAUCAAACUCUUGUAGUUAAGGAACGCAAGAGUAAUGAUGAGCUSGUGGAAGCACGCAAACAAUUAAUUGAGGGUUUGAAAGAUCUUACAUCAAAUCGUAAACCAUCAAAUUGUCUUAUUGGAAUAAAGAGGAUGGGAGAUCUUGAUAGUAAACCAUUUUUUGAGGCGGUCAAGCGUAAAUAUUCUGAAGAAGAGGCGCAGGAGAAGGCUGUAGAUCUUUGUUCGUUAUGGGAGGAGUACUUAAAAGAUCCACUGUGGCAUCCUUUCAAAAUGGUUAUGAUUAAUGGGAAGGAUGAGGAAAUAAUUAAUGAAGAUGAUGAAAAACUGAAAAGCUUAAAGAAUGAGUGGGGGGAAGAGGUGUGUAAGGCUGUUGUAACAGCCUUGAUGGAGAUCAACGAGUACAAUCCAAGUGGACGGUACACAAUAUCGGAGCUCUGGAAUUUGAAAGAAGGAAGGAAAGCAACGUUGAAAGAGGGUAUUGCGUAUAUACUAAAGCAAUGGAAACAGCACAAGCGGAAGAAAUAACCACAAAUGUUUUCACUUAACCGUAAUUUUCAUCAUAUUAGUUGAUGUUAGUAUGUUACCCUUAAAUUCACUUUUAUGGCCUGUGUAAAUAUAAGUGAUAUGAAAUGAUUUUUUUGAAGGUUAAUUAGUUAAAUAUACCCCGUGUAUUGACUAAACUACUUAAAUAUGCCACGUGGCUUUCAAAAUCAACAAAACUAAAUAUUCUUUGUCCA